UUUUCGCACGGGCAGCAGAUUUUCGGGCGCAACAACAGCGCGCGCGAGCAACUGCGCGCCGAUAUCGGAGUCACGCGCGCGCGCUUAUCCUCGCGCUGCACUCGCGAGAUGCGUCGCGGCGAUUUUCAUUUGCUGGGCUAACGACGGUUGCGUUUCACCUUGAGGAGAAAUCCAUUCCCAUGAUAUCAUCGCGAGACCGUGCGUUCGCCGAUGUUGCAUUAUGCAAUAUUCGAGAUCGGCCGUCGCGUCGAAAUUGAAAUCUCCGUAUCGGCCCGUUGGGUGAGGCGACGCGAGCGGUUAAUCGGCAAGUCGGGGAAAUGAAACAUAUGCUCGGGACUCUCGCCGAGAUCCCUCGUGAGAUACAGCGCGUGUAGCGCGCCUCGUUGUUAUUAAUGUUCAGGAUAACGCGUCAACAAGGAUAGAACGCAAGUGCAUUCAGUAAUGUCAUCGAUCAACAGUAUCGACUCCCACGGGACGUUGCAGUGGGACAUGAUGGAGCUGGCGCGGCACCUGCGGCAGGAGAGGCUGUUCGUCAACUCCGAACAGCAGAACCUGCAGACUCUCAAUGAAAGGGUGUUGUGCGUGUCGUCGCAGUUGGCGCAGCAAGCGUGGGUGACUGCCCAGCAGAGAGUGAAUCUGAAUCGUUUGAUAGUAGCCCGACCAGAUUGCACUCCCGCGUCGUGUUGCCUGCGGGCGAACGCAUUGGAGAACUCACACUUCAUCGACGCGUCGAAGUACCUGCGUUACCAGGCGUGCUUGUCCUACGGGGAAUUUCUGGGGGCGUUGCGCAAGUCGCCGAAGCUCCUGGCUUCGUGCUUGGUGGAGGGCGACAAGGUCGUGCCGGAUUCGAUGCAGGCGAUCGUGCAAUGCCUAGCCGCCGGGUUGUACGGCAGCUGCCUGUUGCCGGAGGACAAGAGCUUGGUCCUCCAGUUGCUGAGGCAUCUUAUGCUGCUGCAGAUCAUCCCGUCCGACAACCCACGAAGGCUGCUGCGACACGGCACGUGCGCGUUCUCGCGAUUCUACUCGAUCUUCCAUGAGAGCCUGUUCUCCGCGAAGUUCUUCUUGACGGCCGCCCUGCACAGCCCGAUCGUGCAGUUGCUCAUGGAGGACGAGAUGUUCUUGGACAUCGACCCGGACAAGGCGCCCAUCCGGUUCCCGCCCACCGAGAGGCUGAAGAAAUUCGGGAAGGAGGGCACGCCCGAGUACCAGGCGAAGCUCCAGCGUUACCGGCUGUGGACGGUGAAUUCUCUGUAUCGCAUCACCCAGCGAUUCAUCGUCAACAUCCGCGAGACGAUGCACUGCUUCCCCACGAGCGUGUGCUGGCUCGUGAGACAAAUGGCCGGGCUGCUCGGCAAGAACGGCAACGUCGACCCGAAGGAGGUGCACGCCAUGUGCACCGACCUCGUGUUCACGUACUUCAUCUGCCCGGCGAUAGUGAAUCCCGAGCCUUACGGCAUCACCGACGCGCCGAUCAGCUACGUCGCCCGAUUCAACCUCAUGCAGGUCGGACAGAUUCUGCAGAUGCUCUCGCUGCAGAAGUACCAGAGCAUCGACAGCAAGGUGAUCGAUCUUUACAAGAAAUUCGAGAAGGACUCGGUGUCUUCCAUAAUAGACUCGAUGCUGGACGGCGCGACCGAGGAGCUGGACGAGGAGCCGACGAUGAUGAUCGACAAUAAUAAGCUUCAAGGCCUGUCGCGAUCCGCGGCUCUCUUCACGGAAAGCGAGCUGAAUUCCCUGAUCACGUUUCUCAGCACGAUCGUCGGCUACAACAACGGCGAGGCGAUGCCGCACACGAACACCUUCGACAGGAAGCAACUGGCGGAGAUGCUGUCUCAGUUGCCCUCUGGCUUACUGCAUAACAAUAAGCUCGGCAACAACGAGAGCUUGGAAACGCCCAACAAGCGAGGUGUCACUGUGGGAAAAGGAAAGGGACGUGGUAUAAAGAUGUCCGCGUCGUUUUCCCCGAAUGUAACCAACGAAAGCGGAGAGGAGGUCAACAACACCCCCGCUCCCGAAGAGGAGAAUUUGGAAAAGAAUACUCAGGAUGUGCUAGUCAUCCCUUUCGGUCCGAUCAUCGGCGAAUCUGUGGGGUUACUCAGUGAACAGAAGGUCUUGUGCAUGGAGCUUCAAAGUGGUACGAAGAACGGGCCUGUCACUCUGAAUCUCCCCGAUGACGCAUCUGCCGAACACACCAGGCAAGAGAGCGGCAACGUCGAACGUAUCGAAACGCAGGAAAAGAGAACACGAUUUUCACUGUCACAUGACGAAGUGUUGUUCGAAGGGUCGAUUGGCAAUACGUCUGACAAUCUGGAAGCCGUGUCGGAAGCUGCUUCUAAUCACAGUGUUGCCUCGUCUCUCGAGUUGGAGACGGAAGAUCAGAAUGAUAAUCUUUCAGACAUGGUGUCUGCUAACGUAUCAGGAAGAGGAACCCCCAAUAUAUCAGGUCGAGAUACACCGUCGUCCCAGAUUACUGAAGGAGACGACGGACGUGCCGCGGGCGAAGUGAGGCAGUUGGAUUUGCCGCCGCCUAACAUCCCGACUAAACAGAGCCGAUCUGAAAUCGACGACAAAUUUUGUAAAUUUGAGAUUAAGAAGCUUAUCGAAGGAGACGAAACUGUUUCUAUGGUAUCUGACACCUGGUCCACGGACGUGUUGGCCUCGGAUAGCGAGAUAGUCGAGCAACAAGAUCGGAUGCCGCUUCCCGUUCCUCCCGAACAAGUCCCGCCCGUUCUGCCGGCCGAGCCUACGCCAACCAUGUUGGAUAUCAGCGAGACCGCGUCUGAAGCUUGGAGUACAGACGUGUUGGCCAGCGAUUCCGAGAGAUUGACCGAGGUAGACACGGAUGACACCGCUAGUGUCGCCAGGUCUGACGAUACAGCUCGAUCGGAGAUCGAGAUCGAGAGUCGUGCCGAUUCCGAGGGAAACGAAGAGACGCUUCAGUCUGCAACGCCGUUGAUUCCAGGUCCAGAUGGCCCGGGUGUCAGUUUUCCCUCAGUAUCGGGUAUCCGGGAGGAAUCCGGCACACGCGCCGCAGCGGCGGCUGUCGCUCCAUCCCCGACGGCGUCCCCGUUACCGUCGUCGUCGAACGUGACGGGUCGCGGCGGCACCAAGUCCGAUUACCGGCGCAGCACGAUGGAGUACGUCGACAAGAACGCGAACAACAUCAAUAACGUGGAUUACGGUAAAUCGUUGCGAGAAGACAGGCUGGUCCAUUUGAUAGAUAAGCUUCAGAUCGACCACGGUAAGCAUCAAGUCGAGCGUCCGGGAACAGCGCACAAUCACAUCGUUGCGGCCGCAGUUGCGCCGGCGUUACUCUUAGCUAAUCAUAUUUCUGCGCCUGUUUUGCCAGAGAAACCCCAGAACGGUGACGCGAAAGCGGAGGAGCUGGACGGCUGCAUGGCGUCCGUCGGGGACGCCGUGGGCCGAUUGAGCACGGCCAGCUUGACGUCCAGCAGCAGUUCCGGCUCGGAGCCGCGCAUGAAGGGCAACGCGUCAGCGUCGGACCUGCCGUUACCGGCGCCGACGGUCAACGGCAGUCGCGACACCACAGACGGCUCGAGUCCCAGCUUCGCCAAGCCGAGCGCCUCCACCGGGGCCAUCCCGAAGAGCAUAAGCUUCGACAUGACGGCGGAGCGCGGCGACAAGGAGCUGUUGGACGACGAUCAGAAGAACAAGCGCGGCUUCUUCGGCAAGCUGAAACUCUCGCUGAGGAACCGCAGGGGCAAGGCCAUCCGCGGCACCGACGACAGAUGCUACGACCGUGAAGCUGGCGGCGACGGCGUCGACAUAUGCCGGCACAGGUUACGCAGGAUCAUGUCGGAGGAUGUCGCUGCGGCCAGCAACGUCACGGGAGACACCAGCGACGACAUACUGGCGAAGUACAGGAGGAAACCAAGCGCGACCAGUGACACAGCCUCGGUCGAGAGCAACCAAUCUCGCACGAAAGAGGUGGAGGACGAAAGGCUCUUCAUCGAUCCGAAUAACGUGGAGAUGUCUUACGCUUUUGCGGAUGCCAAGAGGAAACUACGUAUGGUGCUCAGCACCGCAGAUCUUCAGCACAUUCCGUGGAAUACUUCUGAGAGACACUGCUGGCUCCAGAAGGAGAACGAGCUGGUCGCGUUUCUGCAACUGCAACUUGCCGAGGCUAUAAAUCUGCAGGAUCGGGCGUUAAUUGCCCAUCUUCACGAGACCUUGCGUUGCGUGCGACUAUUCAACGACGACGGGUGUAGGAAGCUCUUCAAAUCUCUGCGCGAGGACUAUCAGAAGCGAUCCCCUUAUAUCGCGUAUUUAAUUCGAUGUCGCCAAGGAUUGCUGUCGACACUAGCUCACUUAGAUAGGUUAUGCGUGCGAGUCAAGUGCGACCGGGACGCUGUCAAUAAUCAUCUGGUGUCCGUCUGCGUGAGGGUAUUCCUGGAGAAGAGGGAGGCUUUCGUUCUGCGUUUCUGCGACGAAUUCAAGAAGCUCACACUGGCCGACGAGAAGCAAGACCUGGUGGAUAACUUCCUGGGCAAGGUCCACGCCGAGAUGGACAACGAUCCGAUCUGGCAGUCGGCGAGUACCGGCCAAUUGGAUCUGGCGAGAGCCGUGGUGGAGAGGACCGUGAUGGCGCGGGUGUACCACAAUGCGCUGUAUCCGAACGGCGACGGGGAUGUAUAUAGGGACCAGCUUCUCCACGAUCACAUCAAAAAGUUGGCGAAGGUGGUGACUCCAAAUCACAAGGACCUACGCAUUCCGAAGGUCUAUCAUUACGAGUGCCCCUGGCCAUGGGCGCAGGCUGAAUUGGCUGUGAUAUCGGCGUAUAAGACUCCUAGGGAUAAGCUGCAGUGUGUAUUCCGUUGCGCGACUACCAUCAUGAAUCUCCUUUCUAUGGCGUCGGAAAGGGGAAUACCCGCCGCCGAUGACCUGAUCCCGGUGCUAGUCUACGUCAUAAUCAAGACUAAUCCACCGUCGUUGCUAUCGACUGUCCAAUACGUAGACAGCUUUUACGGGAACCGCUUGGAGGGCGAGGAACAAUACUGGUGGACGCAGUUCUGCUCGGCGAUUGAGUUCAUUAAGACGAUGGAUUAACAGUUUCUCAGGAGUAUUACGAUAAAUGCGAUUAGACCCAGCACUGGUGAUAAUGUAGAAAUGUUGUAUCAUAAUCAUAAUUUGGCGAUUAAAGGGGCGAGAAAGGCGAGAGAAGGGGAGGGGGAAGGACACAGACCAAUAUCUCGUGUAAAGCUAGCUGAAUAGUGACUUCAUGCUUCCGGUAUCUUGAUUAUAACUAAUCUUAAAUAGCAGUCUAACGAUUACUUCUUUCGCACGUAUUACGUAACAUUAGCAAAGACUGAAUAUCAGAUUGUACGUAAGGUAUGGCUUUAUCUUUAUUUGUAACUCUAUUGUACAAUUUCACAGAACAUCGAAAGAAACGUUUAGAGAUAUUAUUAUUCUAUAAUUUAUGUGUGUAAACAAUACAGAAACUUGUAGAAUUGAUAACCAUUUAGCAGGAUAAACCGUGUUGGACUACUCUUUCUACAUUACGCAUCCCUCAAACACCGAGAAUUAAACGAGGUUCGCGAAAAGAAAGAGAAAGAAAGAAAGAGAUAUCGUAUUUGUAGCAAUCCCGCGCAGUCUUGCUCAGGAUAUAUACGUCAGGUAUGUUGAUAAUCAAAGAGGCCUAUCCGAGUUGAUUUUGAUAGGUACGGCAAUAGGCCUUCUAGCUUUUCUAAUGAGGAGACGUCUGGAAGAGUUCCUCACCGAUCUUGACAGGCUUUACAUAUGUGUACAGUAGCUAGAAGUAAGAGUAAUUUCUUUUCAUGCGUACUUUCUCGAAUAUGUAGGGGUCCGAAUAAUCCCUCCAAUUAAUAUAUAAUAAUAAUAGUCAAUUAUAUAUAGUUGAUUAAAAGCGAAUAUCUUGGAAAUCAUGACGCAGUUUACGAGAGAGCACUUACGCAAAGACACGUUAAUAAAUACGUGUCUCUUAUUUUUAAUUGUUGCACGACAUACGCAAAGUAAAAUGAAAUUUGCAGACGUUUUCUUAUCCGUCGCGAUUAUAAAUUUUAUCAUUUGUUGUCGACAGGAUCUAUAUCAUUAGUUUUAUCAUUAUUAUCCAACCUCCACCAUCUAUCAUCGUCACUAUCAUCGUCAUAAACAUCGACACUAUUAUCAUUCUUACUGUCAUUGUAAUAUAUAACACUAUACUCAAUAAACACUUUUCUAUUAUUCAAAUACAUGAUAUAUGUACAUAGCUGGAGAGAAAAACUCCUCAGUCAGAGGACUCGUGGUCGAGCAGUUCGGCCUUCGAUCCUGUCCAACAUCAUCAUUCUAAUUCCUUCUUUAAUUUACGUAUUUUUGUCUCACCAAUUACAUUAACGAGCAUGUACGCUUCUGACAAUAACAGGUGUAUGUUAUAGAACUCAUUUUUAUAAAUGAGAUUAUUCACAAACGCGUCGAAUAAAAGUAAUGGUCAAAUACUUAACGAUUCAGGCGGACUGAAGUUAAAACAUGGUAAAUCGGCACGUCAAGAAAUGUCUCUCAGCGUUCACAGUGCAGCAAGGGAUGAGAUCUCGUCCACAAUUAUACAUCGAUAGACAAAUAUGGACACAGCAGAGUGGAAGAAAAUUAUUUUAUAUGUAUAAGAUUAUUAUGUAUAAAAUAUAUAUUUUACACUA